ACUCUUUUUCCCAGUGGCUGUAACUGACUGUCCCUAUAGCUGAGAAGAUGGCAGAAAAGCAGGAGGAGCCCAGCAACACCCAGAAUGGUGAACCCGACAACGCAGAGGAGGGCGAGGGGAAAAAGAAGAAGAAGGUGAAGAGGGAAGACCUGCCUCCGUUUGAAAUCGUGACAGGGGAACGCCUCCCAGCCAUAUUUUUCAAGUUCCAGUUCAGGAACGUGGAAUACAGCUCAGGCAGGAACAAAACCUUCCUGUGUUAUGUUGUAGAGACCCAAGGCAAAGAGUCGACGACUUCCCGGGGUUACCUGGAAGAUGAGCACGCAGCCUCCCAUGCAGAAAUUGCUUUCUUUAACACGAUUUUGCCAAAGUGUGAAUCGAGCCUCCGCUACAACAUCACCUGGUACGUCUCCUCCAGCCCCUGCGUGACCUGCGCCGAUCGGAUCAGUGAGACCCUAAGGAAGAACAAGAACCUGCGUCUGACGAUCAUGGUAGGACGCCUCUUCAUGUGGGAAGAGCCAGAAAUGCAGGCUGCCCUGAAAAAAAUGAAGUCUGCUGGCUGCAAGCUGAGGAUUAUGAAGCCUCAAGACUUUGAGUACGUCUGGCAGAACUUUGUGGAACAGGAAGAAGGAGAGGAAGCAAAGGCUUUCGUGCCAUGGGAGGACAUUCAAGAGAACUUCCAGUACUAUGAGGAAAAGUUGGCUGAGAUUCUGCAGUGAAGCUCACGUGAGUGAGGAUUUCUAUUUGCUCACCUGGCUCCCUGUAUUAGUUUUAGACUUCUCUUUUUCUUCAGGUUGUUAACGGCAUAACAUGCAAUCAUUUUCAUUUACUACUAUUCCCUGUGUACCCAGCUGCACCUGGCAGUACCUGAAUAUUAUCCUAGACAGUACCUUCUCCCUUCAAAGGUAGUAAUGAUACAGUUGGCUCCUUCACAGCAGAUGCUGAAGGUACUUAGAAAUAUUUUUCCCCAGGAGGUGUUCACUGUGAGGAAAAAAAUAAUUAAAAGGUAGGAUCACAAGGUGUAACAAGAACACCUCACUAUUCCCUGCAUGUAUGAUAUCUAGGACGCAUGUGAAAGAACUAAAGAACAUACAGAAAAUGCAGUUCCCCCCCACACCCAGAACAAAAACCAAAACAAUGCCACACUACUAAAAGCAACCAGUUAUGACAGCACGAUCCUUUUUAUGGGGUACUGAAGACUCACCUAUUUAAGCAGUAAAACACAAAAGCAUUUGAAGCUUCUAACAUGUUCCUCUCCCUUCCCUCCAGGCCCAUCUCAGGAAAAAUCGACACAGAGACACAACAGACUUGGACAUCCGGGACACACCUGCUUCCCAAAGCUUUGAAUCCAGCAGAUGCAGUGCCAGCUUCUGGAAUUUUAGGCCCUGAUGGACGACAAAUAUGUGUACAACAUAUUUAGUGUUUGGAAUCUUAUGGUACAUUUUUUUUGUUGUCCUUCUCCAUUCACCCCACUCCCCCUGAAACAAAACUACGUUGUCAUUGCUGACAGGAAAAGGCACUGAGCUGUGUGGUUAAAGCCUUGAACGAAAUGCAUUGCAGUGGAGCAACAGGAAUGAGUGUAGGCCUUGCAUACCAGGAUUACUUGGAGAUAAAAGACUGUAGAGAAAAGCUGCUGAUUUGAUAAACUUACCUACAAAAAGUAUGCUUCAUCAAUAUUAAAAAGAUAAAUAAAGUUCUAUUCCUCUGUCCUCCUCAAUAAUAGUAACUGCAAUUUAAGUUACAGUGAAUUUCUUAAUUCUACAGUUAUAAUGGAGCCCUAAAUACUUGAUUUCAAAUGCAUCAGAUACAACUUUCCCCUUGUUCAGUAUGUCUGUGAUAUAAACCUGGGCUAAGCAAAAGAAAUAAAAUUGGAGCCCGCUGAAAAAAGAGUAAAGCAGUGUCAUCUGUUCUCUAUUUCAAAGAGGUCCUAAAAUUAAUCUGACGGGUGAGACACUGUGGGACACCCACACGUGAGAUAUGAAACUCAUAUCUGGAGCACAGCAUGAUCAGAAGAGAGAGCUACCAGAUACCAGAGAGUUUCAAGAGAAUGCACAAUUGCAGAGAUGCACAGAAAGAGAGAAAAUAUGGGAUGAUACUUUCCAUAUAAAACGAGGCACAGAACAAAUGGAGGUGACAGAGCAGCACACCAACUAAGAAAUGGAGUCAGAAAUGGCUCCUCCUUCCAACUACUUCUGGAUGUUGAUUGCUGCAUUGUCACAAAUUUGAAAGGCGCUAAACAUGCAUAAAUACAAAAUAUUCUGGUAUUACCUUCCAAAGCAAACAAACAAAAACCCCAAGCAGCAAUAAAAACACCUUUGGGUAGACACUGUGGCUUCUGUGGCUUUCAUUCCUUUGCCACUAGAUUUCGAAAACAAAUAUAUAAGCCCAAGGGCUAAAUCAAGGAACAGUCCUGAUGUUCACUCUUAAUUAACUCAAUACUCCAAGUUCCUUUGUCUCACUCGAGUUUAUUUCUCACAGCUGUGUAUUUGGCUACAGCAAUUAUCCACCAAAACCAAGAAGCAGAAGAUAGUCAAACCAUGAAGGAAAACAGUAUGUAGUUCUUAAAGACACAAACAGAAUUUGCACAUCUCCAUCAGCAAAGAAAACACACAAUACAGAUUCACCCAUGAAGCUCAGAACAGGAAUGGCUCCGUACAUUUAAUAAGUAGCAAGGAGUAAGUAAAAAACUUAUUUCACACUAACAACUUCUCAGUUGUCCCAUCUAUUCGGUUUAUUCAAUAUUUCUGGCAUUUCUGUGAGCAUUCAGUGUGACAGAAGUAAAAAAAAAAAAAAAUUUGGUAUUACAGGACAUAGGG